AUGUUUAAUCUUAAGAAAGUGAUACGUCCAAACAUCCUCACAUUAGAGCCUUACCGAUGUGCAAGGGAUGAUUUCAAGACUGGAAUCUUAUUGGAUGCAAAUGAAAAUACCCAUGGUCCAGCCCUUGCUGAAAUUUCUGCAACAGAGAAAACACUAGAGCUCAACAGAUACCCAGAUCCACAUCAAUUGGAAUUGAAACAGCAAAUCGUCAAUUUCCGAAAUUCAUCGCCAAACAAGUACAGUACUAUCCCAUUGAGUGUUGAUAAUCUCUGUCUCGGAGUGGGAUCUGACGAGAGUAUCGACAUGUUGUUGAGAUGUUGCUGCACCCCUGGAAAAGACAAAUUGUUGACGUGUCCACCAACUUAUGGAAUGUACGCUAUCUGUGCAACUGUUAACGACGUUGAAACUGUGAAAGUACCGUUGACUAUACCCGAUUUUCAAAUUGAUAUUGAGGCUGUUGCGGCAAAGUUGGAGUCGGACUCAAGUAUCAAACUCGUUUACUUGACUUCUCCAGGUAAUCCAACCGGUAAACUAAUCAAUGUUGAUGAUAUUGCAGAGUUGUUGAAAAGAGUGACUUAUUCGUGGAAUGGACUAGUUGUGGUUGAUGAAGCAUACAUUGACUUCACCGCACCAAAUGGUGAACACAGCCAAUCUGUUUCCACUUUGGUCAACCAGUAUCCUAACUUGGUGGUGUUGCAAACAUUGAGCAAGUCAUUUGGGUUAGCCGGUAUUAGAUUGGGAAUCACAUAUUGCAGCACUGAAUUGUCCAAGAUUUUGAACUCGAUGAAGUACCCAUACAAUAUCUCGUCGCUCACGUCAGAUAUCGCAUUAAAGGCUACGUCGCAUUCAGGGUUAGAGGUUAUGCACAAGUACGUGCAGAGUAUUGUUGAGCAGAGAGAUGCAUUAUUAAAGCAAUUACUCAACUUGAAAUAUGUGGGGAAGAAUAUUGGUGGUCUUGAUGCAAAUUUUAUCCUAGUGGAGAUAUUGGACAAGAAUGGCAGCCCAUCGAAUGAAGUUGCAUUAAAGUUGUACAACACAUUAGCUGUAGAUAAUGCAGUGGUUGUCAGGUUCCGUGGUAAAGAAUUGAACUGUAUAGGUGCUCUUCGGAUUUCAGUUGGAACCGAGGAGGAGAAUAAAGAGUUGCUUUCCAAAUUUGAAAAAGUGUUGAAUGAAAUAAAUUCUUGA